AUGAGCCUGAGGCCAAAAGAUGGAAGGGAGAAAAUGCAAACGAUCAGCCCUUUUCAGCUGCUGGGAAUGGAGGAAUAUGGACAGAAAGUAGUGAAGGGAAAUCCAAAUCCAAGGAGCUACUACAAAUGCACAUCGGUAGGUUGUCCGGUGAGGAAACAUGUGGAGCGAGCUUCACAUGAUACAAGGGCUGUGAUCACCACAUACGAAGGGAAACACAACCAUGAUGUUCCUGCAGCGCGCGGCAGCGGCAGUUAUAGCAAUGGAAAUAGACUUGCUUCUGAUAAUGGCAGCAACAACAACAGCAAUGUGUCCAUGGCUGUGAGGCCCUUAGCCUUGCCUAAUCAUUCGAACUUGAGCUACCUCAGCUCUCUUCAGAAUACAAGGCAGCCAACAACAGAAAGGCAAUCACCCUAUACCCUCAAAAUGUUGCAAAGUGAAGGAAGUUAUGGAUUUCCGGAGUUCUAA